AUGACAAUGCUAUCGUCGCAAAAACUUUUAUACUCCGAUACGGCGACCGCUGCGGCAGCGGCCGCGGCUGCUGCUGCCGCUGCUGUCAACGCGGCGGCCAUGUACGGCGGGAAUUCGUCGACCACCGGCGCCGGUGGUGGUGGCGGACCGUCAUCGACUCCGUCGCUGUGCUCGCCGCCUCCGCAGUCACACCACCAACAGCAACAGCAACAGCAACAACAGCAGCAGCAACAGCAACAGCAGCAGCAACAGCAGCUUGUGUUCGGGAGCAGUGCCUCAGCCGCAGCUAACAUGCAACAGCAACUAUACGGUGGCAUGAAUUCCGCCGCAACGGCUGCCGCGGCCAUGUACGGUUUGAACGCUUCGGCCGCGCUGUUGCUGCCGCGGCUGCAGCCGCUGGUGCCGGCGGUGACCCGACCGGCGCCGCAAACGCCGCGGCGCUACAACGGGUUCGCGCCGACAAAACAUACCGCCGGAACUACACGCACGCCAAACCUCCGUACUCGUACAUUUCGCUCAUUACGAUGGCCAUACAAAACUCGCCGGUGA